ACGCCAUCAUGACUAGUCUCACCGCUAAGGACAAGGAUGUUGUUAAGGCCUUCUGGGGCAAGGUGUCCGGGAAGGGCGAGGACAUUGGGAAGGACGCCCUGGCCAGGAUGUUGACUGUCUACCCUCAGACCAAGACCUACUUCGCCCACUGGAAGGACACCAGCCCCGACUCCCCCAGCGCCAAGAAGCAUGGCAUCACCGUCAUGUCCGGCGUUGGCUUUGCCGUGACCAAGAUCGACGACCUGAAGGCUGGUCUCCUGAACCUCAGUGAGCUGCACGCCUUCACCCUGAGAGUGGAUCCUGCCAACUUCAAGAUCCUGUCCCACUGCAUCCUGGUGGUCAUGGCCAUCAUGUUCCCCGCCGACUUCACCCCUGAGGUGCACGUGUCCAUGGACAAGUUCCUGGCUGCUCUGUCUCUGGCUCUGGCUGAGAAGUACAGAUAAAUGCGAGGAG